CAGGCGGAGCCCGAUCCUUCCCUCGGUGCCGCGCGGCGCCGUUGCCAGGCGACGGGCGGGCCCGGGGCGGUGGCGCUGGGCGAGGGCGGCCUCAUGUCGGCGAAAGGGGCCUCCCGGCAGGAUGAGCUACAACGGGCAAUUUCUGCUCACACUGUAAGAAAUCAGACAGUUGAGUACUCAGAUGACUUUGAGAGUGACGAAGAUAGCAUAUUAAAUGGGACUGGGGAAGAACUUAAUGAAAGCAAUUCAAAUGCUGAAAGCACUAAGAAAUCAGUUGCUGUUGAGAGUCCUUUCUCAGAUGAUGAUGCUUCACAAAAAGCAGAAGAUUUGGAAGAUGAAGCUGCUGAUGACUUGACUUUAUCCUUUCAUGAAAGGAAGCUUCAGCAAAUAAUGCUUUCAGAAAGUGAAAACGUACAGGACGACAGAAAAGAUGGUGAAGAAGAAUGUUUAGAAAAUCAAAAUGAGGAUGAUGACAGCAAAAAUAAUGAAGAGUGUUCAGCUGCUGAAGAAGUACUGUGUGAUAAUAGUGAAAGUGACCACCAUAACGACUUGCCUAUGCCUGAACUAUGGAAAAAAAGCAACCAAGAGCAAAACAAACCAAUACCAAAGCCACGGGUGCGCAAAACAAGAAAUGCUUCAGUAUCAGGUCAGAAGAAGAUUAGCACCAGUGACUUGAAACUGGAGGACAAUGGUAGAAAAUCCCCUUCUGUGAUUGAAGUAAUGAUGGCUACAGUAUAUGAGAAAACAACGAAAUUAGAGAAGUCAACAGAUGACAGUUCAAAUGAAACAGUGGGCAUAGCGGAAGGCCAAAUAAAACCAAGUGAAAUGAAAGAGAAAGUUCUACAAAACGGCAAAGUUUCAUCUGACAGUUAUCUGUCUUCUGUGCACUUAAAGAAAAAGAAAAAAGCUGUUCCAUCAGCUAAAGCUGUUUCAUCUCAGUAUCUGGGAACAUUAAAGGUGUUGGAGGAUAAACACGAGCAGAAGAACAGUACACAGUCUGACAAAGCAGAUAGUUUACGAGCAGCUGUUUUCCAGAAUUGGCUGGAAAAGAAAAGGGCAUUUCUACUGGAACUAAAGAGAGCUGAAAAGAAGAAAGCUGAAUAUCUGAGGGACGAUACUGAAAAGAAAGAAGCUGUUAAAAGAGAGGAAGCAAUUGCAUCUUUUGAAGCCUGGAAAAAAAAUAAAAGAAUAGAAGCAAAGAAAUUAAGUGAGAAAAAGAAGCUUGAGGAACUUAAAAAAAAGGAAGCAGCACAACAGAGUGAAGAGAAAACAAAAGCAGCACAGAAGGCAUUUGAAAAAUGGAAAGAAAGAAAAAUUGAAUAUUUAAGAGAGCAAAGAAAAAAGGAAAAAGAGUCUGAAAAAGUCAAGAAGAAGAAAGAAGAGGAACUGGCUGCAGAGAGAAAGAGAGACAGCAUGUCAGCAGUUGAAAAAUGGAAUGAAAAAAAGGAAGAAUAUAUAAAACAGAAGAAAGCAGAAAAAAUCCUGGAGAGAAGAAAGCAAGAAAUACAGCAGUCAAAGAUGGAAGAAAGAAAUAAAAAGGCUACAGAGGAAUAUGGAAGAUGGCUGGAAAAGAAAGAGAGGAAAGAGCAGCUUGAGAAGAACCAAAAGAAGUUGCAGGCUGUCUGUGAGGGUGAAGCACCUUCUCCUUGGAGUCCACCUGGCAAAGUCACAUAUUGAAGAAAUUGCUGAGCAGUCUAUUGACUAAUACUAUUGAGAAAAGAUGAUCUGCAAAAUUCUGACAAAGGAUAGCCAUUAUUUCAAUAACAGCUGUUUUUUCUGAAUCCAUAAUAAGUGUUGCAUCCUUUCUUUUUCGGUUUGUUUUCUCUUUGGAGUUUAAAUAGAUCAGUUGUCCCUUUCCAUUGCUUUAGAAAAUGUACUAUUUUUUGUAAAUCCACAUUUAACUUUGUUUUGCUACAUGCAGUGUUUCUUCAUUCCUUUUUGGUGAAAGUGUAUAUUCAGGAUACAUAAGGCUGUACUCUGGCAUUUUUUUUGCCCAAGAAGAAACAGAAUGGUUACUUUUAGGUGGGUAGGCCACCAUGCUGGGGAGUUAAGUCUGGAAGAAAUGCUUUGUGAGGGAGAGGGUGGUGACAGGCAAGGAGAUGCUUGAUAUCUUGCUGUGACAGAAAGAAGACAAAGGCUAAGUGGUAUGGUAGAGGGAUGUCAUUUUUAUGUAUGAAGAGACAAGCUACAGAGAAGAUAAUGUAAUUCUUAGGUUACAUUAUGAAAUACAAAAAUAGCUUUUAAAUUAAAACUUCAUCAAGCAGAAGCAGGAUUUUGGCAGGCAAAAAAGUCAGCCAUGUAGUGGCACAAAAGAAUUAAAGUAGAAUCCAAAUAAUGUAAAAUGAUCCAGGACUAAGACUGUAGCUGCUAAUUCCAUUUCAGGUUUUCAUAUACAUUCCACAGAUUUCCUGCUUCCUACAGGAAACAGCAGUUUUAGAGGCAUGCUUUGCAGUUCACACAAAAUCAUACAUAAAAAAUACAAGGACAGAGCAGGUGCUCUCACUAGGCAACCUUAGACACUGAAAAUUUUUUAACUUAAUUUAAAGGCUUCUGUAGUUCUUUUUACAUGAUCAAAUAAAUCCUUCCCGAGUACGUUUUCAUCAUUGCUAAUGAGGUACUUGCUGUAGUAAAUUAUUAAAAUUUCUUCUGGGUUUUCUGUGGCUAUUUGCCUUACUAGUUUGGAAACAAUGUCAAGUCUACGUAUCUUUAGAGAUCCUCAAAUCUCUUAUUUGCCUACUGUCUAAAUUCAAGCUGGUUUAUAUAUUUGUAUUUUCUUAUUUGAAUUUUUAAUACACACUCCAGAUCAGAUUUACUGCUCAAGUGUGUAUUCUUAAAAACAAAAUCAAAAUCCACAACACCAACCAAGAAGUAAAAAAAACCCCUUGUCUUUAAAUUAUGGAUGUAUUUUUUCAAAUGAGAAUCUUGCUCCUGUUUAGACUGACAGCCUCCUUGAAAAGUCAAAGAAGCCUUUGAAAAGCAGACUUGCCUUUUUCAUUUGAGUCCUGUGCUGUUCAUAAAUCACUGAGACACUCUGUUUUUCAUGUACCAUGGAGGCAUCUCCUCAGGAAAGAAAAAACGCAAGACUGGAACCAGAUGAAUUUCUUUAGUUUCCUGAUGUUUCUUGCUUGUUUUUUCAAAUUUUAGUGAGAGCCACUGAGGAUUUAGAGGCAUUUUGUUUGGCCGUAGCUGUCUAUAUUGCCAGAAUUCUGUACAGAUGAAAUUUAUCACUGUUAAAUAUGUAAAAGUGAAAUCAGAAGAUUAUCUGUUCUAUUUCAUUGUUGAAUAUGAUCUUGUUCAUUAUUAUUACUAUGAACCCUUUUUCUGUGAAUUCCUAAUUCAGAACUUUUGCAAAGUUCUAUGACAAUCAGAAGCAGAUGCUAGAAAGCAAAAACUUAAAAUAUGUUUCUUAGAACUAUAAGUGAUGGUGUAGUUACCAUUGUUAACCUGAUUUCAAGUGUAGAGGAAGGCUUGUAAGAUGUACAAUAUUUCUGUUGCAUAUGAUCUAUUGCAUGUGAUCUGUUGACAAUGUCAAGAAGUAUUUGCUAAUCUUGGGACUAAUGAGGUUUUAUUAGUAGUUGUGCUGUAUUUCUGUACAGCCAGAUAUCUGGCAGAGCAAAUUUGAUCUAGUGUGAGGAGCGGUUGCAAACUUUAUAUGGAUUCUUCUAGGUGAUGAAGUGUUUGUGUUGUAGAAAUAGGUCUGAGUAUACUGCCUGGUAUUUUACACUGCAUGUCUCAAUUUACAAUUGCCUUGCAGGAACUUUUUUCACGGUAAUCCUGUUGUGUAUUGGGAGUUUUUGAGGUCUCUGCUUGUCCCGUCUCUUCCUCAAAAGACAAUUUUACUGGACUUGGGUUUUGUUCUUUGAUUUGUUUCUAGCCUUCUGUCACGGGGCUGCUCAGUCAGAAACAUUAUGCUGGAACAAUUUUUGUUCCACCAAAGGGUUUAUAGGCAAGGGACUUCUGUUACACCCAUCCUUUGAUUAUAUGCAGUCUGCAGGUAAUGCAUACUUGAUGUCUUCUAGUGCACCUUAAUGACAACAGUGACAUUUUUGUCCCUUCUGCGAGACUCAGUUUGUGCAAAGAGUCAUCGCACAAAUACUGAAAUUCCAGAUAGGGCUGGUUCAUGCUAACCUCAUUGUUUUUAAUGUCAGUAGAGGAAGACAUUGAUCGAGAAAGUAAGGGAGCAUGAGAGAGACUGUGGAGUGCUGGCUGGAGCUUUCAGAAGCACCCUGAGGCUUGCAGUCUCCUCUUGCAGAGCUCCUGGAGUCUGGCUGUGUCCUCAGGCCAUAUGUGGGUUUUCGUAGUCGUACCCAUGCUGAGCUUCCUGCUCUGCAGUGUUGCAGUACAGAAGUUCCCAGUUAGGGGAUCCUGGACAUUAGUUUUUUUAGAGAGACACAGCAAAUCCAGAUUGUAACCUGGCUUAAACCAGGCUCUAGCAGAGAUACUGCAGACAAGUGAAUGCAGGGAUUAUAUAAACUCUGGGUCUGGCUCUGGCUGUUUCCUCAUGGCAAGUCAGGCAUUUCUUCCAGCCGUAGUGGUAUCACAAUGACAGUAUUAGCUUCCAAUGCAAAAGCAGAAUCCACUGCCCACAGAAAUUUCCAAGAAGUUGAGAGGAGCAGUUUUGUUCAACAAUCCAAGAGGUUGAGUAAAAUUACACGUACCAGCAGGAGAGCAGAGUUAGAGCACAGACAUAGUGCAACAGAGCUGCCAACUCAAAAUUAACAUACCAAAAUUUUGUGGGGAAAAAUAAUGGAACUAAUUCAAGUGCAUUUAGACUGGAGCAGUGAUGUACAUCAUCUGCCUGCUAGGCUUCCAGCAUUUGGAGCCUUGAAUUCAGGUUUCGUAUGUCGAGAAAUUACAGCUGUAAUAUCGUGGGAAAAUUAAAUAUGUAGCAGACAGCAGAGUUUGCUGUGUGGCUGUCAUGAUCAGAUCAGGAGAGUCUGAGGCAAAGGGUGUAGCCUGUGUGAAACAAAUCAUCUGGAUCAUUAUUUUUGCAGUGCCCAGCCAAAGCAAGGGAGGCAGGUACCUGCACUGAGAAGUUUAUAGUUGAGGGAUGCAAAUUAGAAGGAUAGCAGAAGUAGUGGCAGAGCUAGAAAAGUGUUUGUCAUGUGCCUGUACCUAAACUGGGUGCUGCAUUUUUAAAUGCUAUGUGUUAGAUGAUUGGAUAGAAAAUUUUUGACAGAAGAUUGAAGUGGGAAGGUGUUGGUGACAUUUUCAGAGGAGUGAUAAUACAUAAACUCACAACUUUUAAGUGAUAAAGAGAUGCUGAAGAUCCAUAGACCUGGAAAAACAGUUGCUACAACUGUGUGUUUAACUUUUAUUGGAAAAUUUUGGGAGCUUUGUCUAAUUUUACAUUGUAAAAACUCGGACAUGUAACAGCAUGAUGGAAACAUAGUAGGAAAAAUAGAGUGGAGAAGUAUGAACAUUAUGUGCAUUUAUAAAAUGUUCAUCUAUCUGUCAAUUCUGUUAAUAUAUUUAUUGGUAAAUAUUUAUUGGAGGGGAAGUAUUUUGGUAUUUAAUAAAGUAUAUUUUAGUAUAA